UUUUCUCCAUUCACUCAUUCCAUUUUCUCAUGGAAAACUCAGAACCAACCAUAACAAUUUCUUCAAUACCAAACCCAGUUGGGCAGAAGGUGCAGACGUAUGCGGCGUGGGCCGUCAUACCGGAUCACGUCUCGAACAGGAUCAAGAAGGUGAUGGAAGGCCUCCGCGACGAAUUCGGUGGGCCCGAGAUCACGCCCCACUUCCCCGUUCUGGGGUCCAUCCGCUCCAGGGAAGACGACGUCAUCAGAAAUUUCAAAGAGGCUUGUGGGAAAAGCUCUUGCUUCGCAUGUACAGUUGGGGACGUGCUCCCCGGUCCAUUCUAUUACCAAAAUGUUUACCUCUUCAUUCAUCCGGAUGAGGUAACUUAUCCAACAGGAAAUUUCACUGACCAUUUCGACCAAUUGGCCUGUAUGCCCCACUUUAGCCUCCUCUAUGGGGAGUUGACAGAUGAAGAGAAGGAAAAAGCAAAAGAGAGAGCGAUGGCUCUGGAUGACGGCCUGGUUGGCCUCACUUUCACCAUAACUCGGUUUGCAUUGUACAAAUGUAACAAGGACAGAAGUCAACAAUCUUGGGAGAAGAUUGCUGAACACUCCCUCCCACGCUAAUUACUUGUUCGCUUCAAAUGUGAUUUGUUUUUACCAACAUCAUAUAUAUUUACCAAGUUUCAAAUA